AUGAAGCAAGCAUACUGCCAGAGAGACAUUUUUCACGCUCCAACGGAUGGAGAGAUUAUUUGCAGAGGAGUUGUCCAGCAAGAUGUGCCAGUAGGAACGAAGUGUUCGAUCACCUGCAAUGCUGCGAUUGCCGAUCCGAGGGAGAUUGCUUGCUUGCCAAGUGGUUGGGAUGCGGAUAUUGCAAGAUGCGAUGCUACCUCCGGAGGUCUAAGUCCCGGAACACAGGUCGCCCUCAUUUGCGUCGGCCUCAUUCUUCUUUGUGUUGCGACUUUCCUCUAUCAACGAUUCCGAAAGCAGAAAAUAGAAGAAAAUACCGCGAAGAACCAAACGAUGGGCCACACAAACGCGUCAUUUGAUCCAGACCGAACUUAUGGAAUGGGCCGCGAAGGGUUCGACAAUUUGCAAGCUGUCAAUGCUGGAGAAAUAAGCCCUCUUCCGCAGCCAAAGAAUCGACCUGGAAAAGGCUAUCAUCCAGCUGGACAGGGAAUUCAUGAUUUCAUGGGGACAUGUACAAUCGGUACUGUUUCUCAAAACCCGAAGCUCGGAAAGUGGACUGAAGACCCAAAGAACCUUGCAUAA